AGACACUUGAAGUGUAUUUCUCCAAGUGGAGAUACGACAAACCGUGUAACUGCUUUGGCAUGGUCACCAAACAACCAAAAGCUGGCUGUAGUAACAGCAGAUCGGGUGGUUCAUUUAUUUGACGAAACUGGAGAGAAAAAAGACCGUUUUUCCACCAAGCCUGCUGACCAAAAGACAGCUCGGUCUUACUAUAUAUGCGGACUAGCCUUUUCACCCGACUCAACCCGGCUUGCAAUUGCACAGUCUGAUUGUGCAGUUUUUGUCUACAAACUUGGGUUAGAUUGGGGCGAGAAAAAAUCAAUAUGUAACAAGUUUAUCCAAAGUGCGGAAAUCACAUGCCUAACUUGGCCAAAAGAACAACACAAUUCACUGGUUUUUGGUCUUGCAGAUGGAAAGGUUCGAAUAGGAAAUUUGAAAUCAAACAAAGCUGCAACUUUAUACCAAACCGAUUCACUUGUAGUAUCCGCAACAAGUUCUAUAGAUGGAAACUCUAUAAUGACUGGACACAUGGAUGGUUCAAUGUAUCGCUUUUACUUUGAUGAUGGGCUAUCUGGAGCCUCACAGGGGAAAUUUGCAACCCAUCACUGCUCUCCUAUGAUUUUAUUGUGGGGAGAAUCAAUUGUUGCUGUUGGUCCAGACAAUGUUGUUGUAUUUUACGAUAACGAAGGACGAAUUAUCCAGCAAAAUGAUUUUAGCAAAGAUGAUCAAGUCAAUGAAAUGACAGUAGCAGAAAUCAGCCCUUCUGGUCAAAGUAUUGCUAUUGGAAGUUUCAAUCGAUUUCAACUUUUCAAUUAUGUGACAGGAAAAGGUGGCUGGGAAGAAGCUCCUGCCAAAAUCAUUGAUAAUUUCUAUACAAUCACAGCCCUUGCAUGGAAGCCAGACGGAUCUAGGCUUGUUGCUGGAAACAUGUGUGGUGCUGUUGAACUAUUCGACUGUUGUCUGCGUCGCUCAAGAUACAAGGGAAAAUUUGAGUUCAAUUACGUCUCGCCAAGCCAAGUCAUUGUUAAACGACUAUCCACUGGCUCACGUAUUGUACUUAAAUCUCACUAUGGAUACGAAAUUCAAAAAGUAAACAUUUUUCAAGAUCAAUUCUUGAUUGCCACUACUCCCGAGACUCUCCUUAUGGGUGAUUUAGCAUCAUGUAAACUAAGCGAGAUUCCUUGGAUUGGAAGUGGAAACGAGCGUUUUUAUUUUGAAAGCCCACUAGCAUGCAUGGUAUUCAACAGUGGCGAGUUGUCCCUUGUAGAAUAUGGCGUGAAUGAAAUUCUUGGGUCCUGUCGUACAGAACACAUGAAUCCACACCUGCUAAGUGUUCAACUAAAUGAGCAUGGAAAUGAAAACGACAUUAAACGCGUGGCAUAUCUUGUGGAUCUGCAAACGAUUCAUGUUUUGGAUCUUUUAAGCAGCCUGAAUGUAGCGGUUAUAUCUCAUGAUACAAAAAUUGAUUGGCUUAAACUCUCAAUCAAUGCAAAAAAACUUUUAUUCAGAGAUGUACACUGUCAGCUUCACCUAUACGACAUUCGUACACAAGUUCGAACCACACUACUGUCUUUUUGCAGCUAUGUCCAAUGGGUUCCUGAUAGUGAAGUCGUUGUUGCACAAAGUAGAGCAAAUCUCUGUAUCUGGUAUUCCAUCGAUAGUCCAGAACGCGUGACCAUGUUUCCUAUCAAGGGUGAAGUAGAAGAUAUUGAGCGAGCAAAUGGAAAAACAGAAGUCAUUGUUGACGAAGGAGUGAAUACCGUUUCAUAUACACUUGACGAGGGACUAAUUGAAUUUGGUAGUGCAUUGGAGGAUCGUAGCUAUGAUAGAGCAAUUUCUUUGCUUGAGACUCUUGAAAUGACGCCUGAAACAGAGGCCAUGUGGAAAAGUCUAAGUAGUGUUGCUCUCGCAGACCAAAAAUUGGUUAUUGCUGAACGAUGCUUUGCUGCAUUGGGCGAUGUUUCAAAAGCACGCUAUUUGGCUACUGUAAAUGAGAUAUCCGACUCGAUGGGUUUUGAAAAGAUUGAUCAUGGUUACUAUGCGGUUUGUGCCAAACUGGCUAUUCUUGACAAGCAGUUUAAAAUGGCAGAAACUAUAUAUCUUGAACAGGGUCGUGUGGACGAAGCAAUGAACAUGUACCAAGAAAUACAUAAAUGGGACUUGUCCAUUCGUGUUGCAGAAGCAAAAUGUCAUCCUGAGCUUGAUACUCUCAAACGAAAUUAUUUCCAAUGGCUGAUUGAAUCGAAUCAAGAAGAAAAGGCUGGUGCUUUAAAAGAGGAAGAGGGUGAUUUCAUUUCUGCAAUCAAUCUGUUUCUCAAGGCAGGACUACCGGCACGAUCAGCUGCAGUUUUACUAAACAACAAUCUAACAUCGAAUUUUGAGCUGACAGAGCGAAUCUCUUCAUCUUUAUACAAGUCGGGAAUUUACGAAAAGGCGGGAGAAUUGUAUGAAAAACUUGGCAGCAACGAACGAGCUUUGGAUGCUUAUCGUCGAGGAAAAGCGUUUCGUGCUGCAAUUGAACUUUGCAGAGUGGUUUAUCCAAUGGAGGUUGUUAAACUAGAAGAGCAAUGGGGCGAUCAUUUGGUUUCAUUAAAGCAAAUGGACGGAGCCAUCAAUCAUUACAUUGAAGCAGGGAAUAGUUUUAAAGCGAUUGAAGCUGCAAUCACAGCAAAACAAUGGAAAAAGGCUGUUGCGAUUGUAGACUCACUCCAAUCAAUUGAUGUUGGAAAACCUUAUUUUUUGUCUUUGGCAAGACAUUUUUCCAGUGUUCAAGAGUAUUCGCUUGCUGAAAAGUAUUUUGUACAGGCUGGAUGCUCAAAAGAUGCCGUGGACAUGUACACCAAUGCAAACAUGUGGGAGCAAGCACAUGCACUUGCCACAUCGUACAUGUCUCCUGAAGAUGUUGCUAUUCUUUAUAUUUCUCAAGCCAAGGAAAUGGAAGCAAAAUUAAAAUUCCACGAAGCUGAAAAGCUAUAUCUUACCGUAGACGAACCUGACUUGGCAAUCAACAUGUACAAAAAUCACAAACAGUAUGAUCAAAUGAUUCGUCUUGUGACUGUUUAUCAUAAAGAUUUACUUUCAGAAACGCAUGUAUAUCUUGGAAAAACACUUGAAACGGAAGGAGCCUAUCGCCAAGCUGAGCACCAUUACAUUGAAGGAAAGGAAUGGAAGGCUGCAAUCAAUAUGUAUUGUGCAAACAACGCAUAUGAAGAUGCAUACAGGGUCGGAAAUACUUAUGGUGGUGCAAAUUCUGCCAAGCAAGUUGCCUAUCUAUGGGCACGCUCACUUGGCGGUGAAUCGGCAGUCAAAUUGCUACGAAAGUUUGGACUUUUGGAUGCAGCCAUUGAUUUUGCCACAGAAAACGGAGCAUUUGAUUUUGCAUUUGAACUGAGUCGGUUUGUUGAUAAACAUAAAUUGGCUGAUGUACACUACAAACAUGCAAUGUAUCUAGAGGACGAAGGCCGAUUCAAAGAUGCCGAGGCCGCUUUUAUUCUUGCAGGAAAACCACGCGAAGCCAUUCUCAUGCAUAUUCACAACGAAUGCUGGGAAGACGCUCUUUCGGUAGCAGAAAUGUAUGUGCCAGAAAGUGUUGCAGAAGUUUUGAUUGGGCAAGCAAAAGUAACAUUUGAGCGAGGAGAAAAUGCAAAAGCAGAAUCUUUGGUGCUUCGAGCGCAACGACCUGAGCUGGCCAUCAAGUUUUAUAAAGAUGCUAAUAAUUGGCUCGAAGCUAUACGCUUUGCAAAAGCCUAUCUGCCAAACAAGCUAGCAUUGGUGCAUGCAGAGUACGAUCAGUAUCUCACCGGACAGAGUGAAGGUGGCAAAGAUCAUAUUCUCAGUGCUGCAAAAAGCUUUGAGCAGCAAAAGGAGUUUUCCAAGGCAAUUGAUUUGUAUUUUAAGCUGUCAACCUCGCACACCAAUGAUUUGGAAUUUCUCGAGGAACGAUGGGGAUACGCAGUAAAUCUAGCGAUAAAAUUUGUGCCAGAUCGUGUGCAAGAUGUGGUAGUACAGGCAUGUUCCCAGCUUACCAAAAUCAAAAAGUUUGAAACUGCAAGAGAUUUAUAUUUGAGUAUCGAGCUUUACAAAGAAGCCAUAGACGUCUGCAUUACAGGAGAACUCUGGGAUAAAGCCAAGGAAAUACUAGCAUACGCACCAAAAUAUACAGACUAUUUUGAGGCUGCAUAUGUUGCUCAUCUAAAAACAGUCGGGAAUGCAGAUAAACUAAUUGAUGUCGAUGUCGAUGCUGGCUUGGAAAUAUAUGCUCAGCGAGGAGACUGGAAAAAAUGUCUUGAAAAAACAUUUAAUCAAAACAAGGAGGUAUUCAACAAGUACUUACUAGCCUACAUUACAAGUUUGCUUAGGGACAAUAAAAACGAGACUGCAGCAGCAUGCGUUAUUAAAUACGGGGUGCCGCAAAAUGUAGAAAAUUUCCAAGUAUACACUCAUCUCGCCCGUUCUUUGUUGAAGGAACAAACAACUACCGGCAUAGCGAUAUUGCGAGAUUUUCUAUUCAAACUGAUAUACGGCACAUUGUUUAAACCUCAACCUGCAAUUUCUGAACAAUUUGGCUCGUUGCUUUUGAUUAGUCAUUUUAUGGCGCUUAAAAACUAUUGCUUUAAAAGGCGUGAUUUGCACUAUUUUGCAGUCAAGCAAGCCAUUUCUUUACUUCGAUAUACAUGCGAUAUCCAAGUUGAUCAAGCAUUUCUUGAUGCAGGUCAAGCUGCCAAGGAUGCUGGUAGAAACAACAUGGCAUUUGUUUUUUGGAACAGGUUUUUGGAUUUAAGCGAGGCCAUUGAAGAAGGAAAUGUUUCCGCCAUGGAAAAUACAGAUUUUUUCAAUACAGAUGUUCCUUUUGAUAUCCAACUUCCAACUAAAAUGGUGGAUGAUGCAAAACGAGAGGAAGUUCGAGAUUGGGUGCUUCAGGUAUCCCUUGAUCAGAGUGUUAAUCAGGAGUUGGAUAAACGCGACUGUGACAAAUGUGGAACCUCGAUUUACGAGGCAUCACUCGAGUGCUACUCUUGCAAGUUCAAGUCUGAUGCUUGCAUCAUAACUGGCAAGUUAAAUCUAGUAAACUUUUGA